AUGUGGCACUCUUUUCUGCGGCUCAACCCGCUGUCGCCCCUUUUAAUGCGGUGCCAUCACCGUCACCACCGCACAGCCCUUGCUGGUUUCAGUGGAUGCGGGAUAGCUUCCAGUGCCCUGCAAAACCCAUUGCGUGCGUGCAUGUGCACCCUAUCGCAGCAUUCGGGAGAAACAACUGACAGCUGCGGCGAUGUCCAUUCCAGUGCUGUUGGCGCUACCGUUUCUUCGAAGAGCGUUCGAAUGACGUGUGAUUUGCACGGGACGUCCUCCACACAAACACAAGUAGAGGAGAUGUCUGGGGAGUCGAUGGACCUAAAGCGAAUGUUGUUUUCGUUGAAGGAUCACAACACGGGUGUAGUGACGUGCUUGGACGUCGAGGAACGGCUGCGGAAUGUGGAGUUACUGGACGAAUGGUGUGUGAGGAAAUUGUUCCGUGAUAGUGGUUGGGUAUCAAAGGUGCAGGAGGAGGGUGAAACAGCACCACAGUACCGCAAUAUAAUUGGUGAGCACAGGAUUCUUCGUAACAUGCUGGAGCGUUUUGUCUCCAACAGGGCCAUGUGGCAUGAUGAGUUGAUCGAACUAUUGCAACUCGUUCUCAAAAGGGGCGCAGAGGUGCAGGAGAGUAAGGAUCUCCUUGACGUGGGUUUUCGUAACGGGGAGAAACAUCCCGUUACGCAUCACAACUUUACGCCCAACCGGGUACAUUCCCGUUGCAGUAGGGCUGUCGUUGAGUGUUGUCACAACGGUGUUGUUGCCUUUGACGCUGCCAUGAUUUGGAACUCUCUUCGCAGAAUCUCCGACAGUAGUUGUUUUUACAGCUACGGUCUGCAGGGCGUUCUUUGGGAGUUUCUUCACUAUGGAAGUAACUCAUCUGGUGACCCAAGAGAACUGUGGCACAUGUUCGUCGCUUUUUAUAGGAAUAUGCGGGUUGCCCCAUCCACAAAACGUCCACUAUUUAGUAGCCAUGAUAUGAUUAUCACACUCACCGAGACAGAGUUUCAGGAGGACACGAGGGAAAGUGUGAUGGCGGGUGUAAUGGGUGAAAAUGAACUCACAGAAAAUGUUGUUGAUGGCGUAUCGCUCAACUGGCCAGAGGGCUGGAAGGCUAAAGAUCCGACGCACCUAUCAGAAGAAGGAUUUCCCGCAGACUGUAAAAGGAGAACGAACUGCAAUGCCCGCCACCAGAGGUAUCUUACGGAUACAUUCUAUAUAAACAUGAUUGAACCUAGCGAGGUGUUAACUGGAUGUCACAAUUCAUGUGGUAGCGAGAUUUCCACAGAAGAAUUGGAACAGGAGAAGGGGAGGGCCGCCACUGGAGGUUGGUGGCGGGGGGAGGAAAGAAACGUAAUAAACCCAAUGAAUGGAGAGUUGGAGGAUAUCCACCUUACACAACUUUGGCAUUUGUUCCAGAACAUGAGAAUUGAUGAAAUUGUGGAUGUUUAUCGUACGGUGUGUGGUGGGUUUGGGGCUCUGCAGGCAGAGGUGUACGUUGACAUUAUGACACGAAGGGCGCUGCUGAUGCUGUUUUUUGCCCGUGACGAGGUGAGAGCAAUAACGCCACCACCUGUAACGUAUCAGCGGCUCAGCAGUCUACACAAUGAAUUACUGUGCUUGUCUUCGUGGUGCUUGGCGUCCCCACAGCGAAAUUCCUUCUUGGUGGCACCGCCGCGGCCCUUUGAGGAAUUGCCGCUGCAGGACCAACUUUCGUACAGUUGCUUUGGCCAACUCCACGCACCGCGGAUGCCACGCAGGUUCUGCUUGCCGAAGUCAGCUGCAACGCCGGAGGAGUUGUACCGGUGGUACUGUGAGAUGUAUCCUUUAUUUAGCUCUAGUUGCGACUCCCGUGUUGCUGCGGAGGUUUUGGACAGCAACCAGAAAGAUUCGUGUAAUUCCUCAGCCGUUGGUACAAGCUGCACAUGGCCGCGAUUUGAGUGGCUCAAUGAAUUGCAGCAGAGUUCGCUUCGGUUUCCGUUUGGUGACAGCGUUUACUUCCAGUCCACAAGUUACUCCACUCCAGACACAACUGAACCACUCGCUAUGACCGGCACGCGUCCAAGCACCUCGAAUGAAGCUACUGGCGACGCAUCUGGAGCAAGAACUGAGUCCUCUCGCGAAGCACAUAAGCGGCGAACUCGCCAUAGAAAAAACAGGGGCUCUUCAACACCUCAUAAAGAGGUGCGGCGCAUCACAUCUGAUGGCGAAUCUUCACACAAGAGCGCUGAGUUUGCCGCGGGUGAUACACCCAGUGAGGAACCGGCGGUGUUGAAAAAUGUGUCACGGCAGCGGGAACACUUCAAGGGAGCAAAAAAAACAUCAAAAACUAAGGAGAAGCACCACCAUCGACGGAGUUCCGAUAAGUUGCGCACCGAAGAUGUGCAGAGAAGCGCAGAUGAGGGCAAACCCGAGGAACCGAGGUUGACGGGUGGGGAACCCAUGCGGCGGGCGCGUCCAAGGGGAUCGAAGAAAAAACAGAGCGCGAAGGGGAAACAUCACCGUGGAAGUGUGGAUGGAAUUUCCAAGAGACAAUCCGUAACGACGAAUGAAGUGUCUAAGCGGAAGAAGGGCCCAAAGGGGACGAAGAGCACACCUAAAACUUACGAGGAGGUGUGGUAUCCGACUCCCGACAGUAAAGCUUCAGGCGAAGGCACUCAGCUCAUCCCCGAUGCCGAAACUAAUGAGGAAGUCGAAUCCACCAAAAAGGUGGCGAUACGGCGGACCCACCCCAAAAGAGAAAAGAAGGACAGUCAUAAUGUGUUGAAGGGAAGGCGGUACGCUACCGCGGAGAGCGAGUCGUCACGUGAGAAAAUUCGAAGUGACACGAACGAUGAGGCUAACGGAGAUGUCGCGCCCGUGGAUACGGAGCCAAAGCGGCGUGGCCGUCCAAAAAAGUCAGGAGGCAUCGUUGGGGCCCAAGUGGAAGUGUAA